GGGCAGUGAGGGCACACAUUUUGAUAAACCCUACAUCUCUCUGUACUGUAAUACUCCAAUUACAGUUACUUCCAAGUUCCAAGGCCGACUACUAGCGGAGCUUCGAUUCAAAGUGGAAGGCUUUCCAAGCCAUAGAGGGCUAGAGACUAAACGAGAGCAACUUCAAUGGCGGAAGAUGCAAUUCUAGGGUUCCUGGAAUCGAACGAUAAUAUAUCAGAUUCUGGCCAAUUCGCUGCCGACGUCGGAAUAGAUCAUAACGAAAUUAUCAAUGUCAUCAAGAGUCUCCACGGUUUCAGACUAGUUGAUGCUCAGGACAUUAAGAGGGAGAAGUGGAUACUUACCGGUGAAGGAAAAUCAUAUACUGUGGCGGGCUCACCCGAAGUGCAGCUCUUCUUGGCCAUACCACCAGACGGCAUUUCUCGAGAAGAAUUACAGAAAAAGGUUGAUCCUUCAGUUUACAAAAUAGGUUGUGCCCAGGCCAUAAAGAAUAAAUGGGUGGAGAUGGGGAAGCAGCUAGUUUCCAGAAAGGUUCAAAACAUUGAAGAUCGAGUCAAAGAUUUGCUUCUACAGAUACAAGAAGGAGAGGUUGUUGAUCAAGAGGAUAUUGAUGCUCUCAAAAGAAGGAAGCUUAUUGCCCCACAAACUUGGAAGGGCUACUCGCUGCAAAAGGGUCCUAACUAUGCUCCGAAAAGGAAGAAGACGGUCACAGAUUUGACUCGAGAACAUCUACAAAGGGGUGAUUGGAAGGAUUUAGAGUUUAAAGAGUAUAACUUCAGUGCUAAAGGCCCACCUGCAGAUGGCGGCUAUCUCAAUCCUCUGCUAAAGGUUCGAAAGCAAUUGCAAAAUAUCUUCCUUCAAAUGGGUUUUGAGGAGAUGCCCACAAAUAAUUUUGUUGAAAGCAGCUUUUGGAAUUUUGAUGCAUUGUUCCAGCCACAGCAACACCCUGCUCGUGAUUCACAUGACACCUUCUUUCUGAAUGUUCCUUCCACUACUAGGGAGCUGCCUGAAGCUUAUGUUGAGAGGGUGAAGCAUGUUCAUCAAGUUGGUGAUUAUGGAUCCAAAGGAUAUGGAUAUGAUUGGAAAAGAGAAGAAGCAAAUAAAAACCUAUUAAGGACCCAUACAACUGCUGUUUCCUCGAGGAUGCUUUACUUACUUGCACAACAGAAAACUUUCACCCCUAAAAAGUACUUUUCAAUUGAUCGUGUUUUCCGAAAUGAAGCUGUAGAUCGAACUCAUCUUGCAGAGUUCCACCAGAUUGAAGGUCUUGUAUGUGAUCGGGGCCUUACUCUUGGUGACCUUAUUGGAGUGUUGCAUGAUUUCUUUUCUCGCCUGGGUAUGUCAAAGCUGCGUUUCAAACCUGCUUACAAUCCAUAUACGGAGCCUAGCAUGGAAAUUUUCAGUUAUCAUGAAGGCUUCAAGAAAUGGGUGGAAAUUGGGAAUUCUGGCAUGUUUAGGCCGGAAAUGUUGCUGCCAAUGGGGCUACCAGAAGAUGUUAGGGUUAUCGCAUGGGGCCUUUCCCUUGAAAGGCCUACCAUGAUACUCUAUGGAAUCGAUAACAUCCGAGAUCUCUUUGGACACAAGGUGGAUCUUAAUCUCAUCAAGAGAAAUCCAAUUUGUCGCAUUGGAAUUGACUAGUGAGAACCUUAUAUAAGCAUUCAUCAUUCUUUUUGGGUUUGAGAAACAAACUUCAGGUGAAUCUGGGAAUCCAUUCAAUGAUGACAUACUCGGGGGGAUUUAAUCGCAUUGUGCAUUUGGUUGGGGUGAAAGAUGCAGAAUUAGCCUGAUGUUACAUGUCAUAAUUUGAUUAAAUUAAUACAUUAUUGGAUGAUGUUGAAUACAAAUUUGGUUGACAUGCCUGAGUGGCUUCCAUUAAACAUAGCCAUCUCAUUCUGAACUAUAUUGUUAGAGAAAAGCCAUUGGAAACCUAACACAGUGCAGUAGGCAGUACAUGCGGAUUACCGCCGCUUGUAGAGUUGUUAAUCUGUUCUGAUGUGGAUCUUGUCUGGUACUGAUGCUGAAAUUUUGUAGUGCUUAUUUGGGCACCAUACAAUCCUUCUUCCUACUUUGUAAGGCAAAAGUUUCUCUGGGGACUCUCUUUUGAAGGAUACCUCUAUCUCUAUUUGGUGCACUGUUCAUUCUUACCAUGAAGGUUGAUAUGACCAGUCUGGCCAUUGGAUUGAGCUUCCUUUUCUGUUUCAUUGUCAAUUGAACAUCUUUUUUCCCCUUGUGUAUUCCUUGUGUAUCUUAAAUCUUAAUGUUGACCAAAAAAUUCACUUUUUGAUUGUCA